AUGGUGAAGGCGACACUUGACAGCCCCUCACCGGCUCUAGCGGCUGGCGGCGUGCCAAGGCCAUUCGGUGCGUGCCGUGAAGCAUCACGAAAGAUUGAUGCAGCGCGCGCAACAGCAUUCACGACCAUCGAGGGGAAAGCCAUCGCGACGCUGACCGCCAGUCGCCGAUUCCACACCUGCGGUUUCCCGCCCCUUCGCACCCGCCAGCGCGCCAUCGCGACCAUGUUCACGUCGACGGGAAGAACCGCGCCGCCACAGGCCUUCAUAUCGACCUAUGCGCCGCGAUUGCGCUCGUAUGGGAACUCGCUCAUAUCGCCCAUUGUCCCGCCGUCCAACACGCUGCCCGUGCCGCGCACGACGAAGCGCGGAACAGCCGUCAUCAGCUAUGCGGAAGAUGGCUACGACGACAACUUCGAGGACGACAGCGACAAUCCGCGACGCGCGACCGGACUGCGUAGUUUGCGCCGGGACGAGACCACGCUGGACAAGACGGCGCAGAUCGCAGCACUCGGCAAGGAGAUCCACGCACCCGUCGACGUUCAGGGCAUCUGGCGCGACUGGAUGGGGAGGCCCAAAUACACGCGCACCGAAAAGCAGGUGCAGGUCCAGGCGGCUUUGCCAGUCACGCUCAUCCCCAUCCGAAUCGACAUGGACAUCCAGGCUUUCCGUCCAGACGCCCCCUUGCCUACACCUUCGAACGCGCGCGAAUUCGGCAUUGACGAGACUCUGCCUGCGUAUAGGCAACCAGAUAUGACGCCCGCCUACCGCCUCAAAGACACGUUUCUCUGGAAUCUGCACGAGGCGCUCAUGACCCCGGACCAAUUCGCCAAGAUCUUCGUAGAUGAGAUGGACCUGCCAGUCGACCGCAAGCCACAGCUCAUCUUCAAUAUCGCCACGCAAAUACGGCAGCAGCUUGAGGAAUACGCUGGCGUUGCGUUGCAUCCCCUGUUCCAUUCGACGGCAUCGCCCACGGUACAAGGCACUACUACAGCUGUACCGUCGCAGGCCGAUCUGACUCAAGCAUUGCCUUCUCGCGAUGGAACGUCAACCCCGGCUGCGACAACCACAAACGGUGUAGCAACAGCAGUGGUAAACGGCAAUGCCCCUACCAAUGGCACAGCGACACCAGCUGCCAUCCCCAACGGCAUCAGCGCAUCCGCAACGGCUUUGCCCUCAGAAGAUUUGCACAACCCGGACGACACAUACCGAUGCAUCGUCACGCUCAACGUGAACUUGCUGAAUAGGUUGUACAGCGACAAAUUCGAGUGGUCUCUGCUGCACCCACCGGGCUUUGCGGAAAUGUUUGCCAAGGUCACGUGUGCUGACCUAGGGCUGGCCGGAGAAUGGGGUCCCGCGAUGGCCCAUGCUAUAUACGAGGCAGUCCUCCGUUUGAAGAAGGAAGCUUGCGAGAACGGGGGCUUGGUCGGAGACGGCGAGAUCGACAACGAUGCAGUGGACCCAGUCAUUGGAGCAGGUUGGAGAUAUGACCCGGAGCAUCUAUGCGAUGAGUGGGAACCGAAGGUCGAGAUCCUAUCCCCGGAAGAGAUCGAAAAGCGCGAAGGUGAUAGAGAGCGGCAAAUCCGAAGGCUGAGAAGAGAAACAGCACGUUUCUCAUCCACAGCAAACAUGACGGGCACACCACAGAACGAUUUCUUUGCAAACCCUGAGCAGACAGAGAACAUGGGUCGCGGCGAACGUAGCAAGAAGAAGAGGCGGUUCAGGAGUCUCAGCCCAACUGGACGGGAUACACCAGACGUAGGGUCCGGAUACGGAGGAUCAGGCGGAGGCUUGACCGAAACCGAACGAGGAAACUGGAAAUGUGCCCACUGCCUGAUCUGGGGCGAUGCAGUUUGGGCUGUCCGCGAUGGGCCGUCCGGUCCACGAACCCUCUGCGCAAAUUGCGGUUAUCUCUACGAGCGCGACAAGAAACUACCCCCAUGGUCACACAAUCUCUUCUAUGGGGAUUGGCCCAAGCACUUCGUACCAAAGUUCCCAACAAGGUAGUGCCCGCGAGCAGCCUUUUGCUUUUCUUUUCACCAUCCCUUCUUGGAACGGCCUUAAAGACGAUCCACAUAGGGCUCUUUCAGGCGUGGUGUGUGGGCCACGGUGUUCCUUGGGGACUGUACGUUUACUGUAGCAUUUAUCAGCGGCGGCGUCUGGUUGGAUUCAACCUUCACAUUGGAUCAGGCGGGUUCGACAGGUGUUUGGUUCCGGAGGGAAGGGACUACGAUAGGAACAGCAACUUGGCCAAGUCCCAAAACUGCAUGUGCGGUUGUAGCAGGGUGCAUGACGAAUACAACGUCGAGAACUUGAUUCCAGCCCAGCUCUGAGACAUACAUGAUGUUUGUGGGCCCGUCAGGGACCCUUCGAUAGAGUGUCAAGGAGUAGCAGCAACUCGGGCGCACGCAUCCUGAGACUGCGGUUGUAGGCAGCGCCCAUUAGGAUUACAAGCAAUGUCG